UUCAGUGUGCAAGUUCAAAGCCCACAAACGCUGUGCCGUAAGAGCCACUAACAACUGCAAAUGGACGACCUUGGCCUCUAUAGGCAAGGACAUCAUUGAAGAUGAGGAUGGGAUUGCCAUGCCUCAUCAGUGGUUGGAGGGCAACCUGCCUGUCAGUGCCAAAUGUGCCGUGUGUGAUAAGACAUGUGGCAGCGUGCUAAGGCUGCAGGACUGGCGCUGCCUCUGGUGCAAAGCCAUGGUGCAUACAGCCUGUAUGGACCUGUACCCUCGCAAGUGUCCUCUGGGUCAAUGCAAAGUCUCCAUCAUUCCCCCCACGGCGCUCAACAGCAUCGAUUCAGAUGGCUUCUGGAAGGCCACCUGUCCCCCGUCGUGUGCCAGUCCCCUCCUGGUCUUCGUCAACUCGAAAAGCGGCGACAACCAGGGGGUGAAGUUCCUGCGACGCUUCAAGCAGCUUCUCAACCCGGCACAAGUCUUUGACCUGGUCAACGGGGGUCCACACCUCGGCCUGCGUCUGUUCCAGAAGUUUGACAACUUUCGGAUCCUGGUGUGUGGCGGCGACGGCAGCGUGGGAUGGGUCCUGUCAGAGAUAGACAAACUCAACCUCCACAAGCAGUGCCAGCUGGGGGUGUUGCCCCUCGGCACCGGCAACGAUCUGGCCCGGGUGCUGGGCUGGGGCCCUUCGUGCGACGACGACACCCAGCUGCCCCAGAUCCUGGAGAAGCUGGAGCGGGCCAGCACCAAGAUGCUGGACCGCUGGAGCAUCAUGACCUACGAGAUCAAGAUCCCACCCAAACACAGCUACCCCACCACGCCCGAGGGAGCCGACGACUGCCAGUUUCACAUUUCAGCGUAUGAACACUCAGUGACCACUCACCUCACAAAGAUCCUCAACUCAGAGCAGCACUCUGUGGUCAUCUCCUCUGCCAAGAUUCUGUGCGAAACUGUGAAGGAUUUUAUUGCCAAAGUGGGGAAAGCGUAUGAAAAAAGCACAGAGAACGUUGAGGAAUGCGACUCCAUGUCUCUCAAAUGUGCCAUCCUGAACGAGAAGCUGGACUCCCUCCUGCAGACGCUGAACGCAGAGUGCCAGUCCCUGCCGCCGCUUCCCCACUGCACCCCUCCGAUCGUGGAAGAAGAACAAGAGGAGGAAGAAGAGGAAGAGGAGGAGGAGGAGGAGGCCAGCGAGGAGAGCUUAACGGAGCUCAAGGGGAAGCUGGAGGAGGAGGAGACGGAGAAGGGGCGCGGGGGCAGCGGGCCCCCCCAGCAGCUGUUUAAAAGCCGGGAGCAGCUGAUGCUCAGGGCCAACAGUCUGAAGAAAGCCGUCCGGCAAAUCAUAGACCAGGCUGUGAGAGUGGUGGACGAGCAGAACGCCCACACGGAUGACACGGAGCUUCCGUCGCCGCUGGAGUUCAGGAAGGACAGCGAGGACGAGAACAGGGACAGCGAGAAGGACGAGGACACCAAGGAACUGGAGGCGGUGUCGUCCGCCAGGAGCCCCUGUUCCCCGACAGAGAGCAGGGUGAGCCGCAGCACCCAGUCGUACGGCCCCUUCACCAUCACCCCCUUCACCACCAGCAAGGAGAACCUCCCCGUGCUCAACACACGCAUCAUCUGCCCUGGGCUGCGAGCCGGGCUGGCCGCCUCCAUCGCCGGAAGCUCCAUCAUUAGCAAGAUGCUGCUGGCUAACAUCGACCCGUUUGGCGCGACACCCUUCAUCGACCCCGACCUCGACUCGCUAGAGGGCUACAUGGAGAAGUGCGUCAUGAACAACUACUUUGGCAUCGGCCUGGACGCCAAGAUCUCUCUGGAGUUCAACAACAAGAGAGAGGAGCAUCCAGAGAAAUGCAGGAGUCGUACGAAGAACAUGAUGUGGUAUGGCGUUCUGGGCACCAAAGAGCUGCUGCAAAGAACCUACAAGAACCUGGAACAAAAAGUGCAGCUGGAGUGUGACGGUCAGUACAUCCCCCUGCCCAGCCUGCAGGGGAUCGCAGUGUUGAACAUCCCCAGCUACGCAGGCGGAACCAACUUCUGGGGCGGCACCAAGGAAGACGAUAUCUUCUGUGCUCCGUCAUUUGACGAUAAGAUCCUGGAGGUGGUGGCUGUGUUCGGGAGCAUGCAGAUGGCCGUAUCCAGAGUCAUCAAGCUGCAACAUCACCGCAUAGCCCAGUGUCGAACGGUGAAGAUCACCAUCCUGGGAGACGAGGGCGUUCCCAUCCAGGUGGACGGUGAGGCUUGGAUCCAGCCGCCAGGAGUCAUCAAGAUCCAGCACAAGAACAGAGCGCAGAUGCUCACCAGAGACCGGGCGUUUGAGAACACGCUGAAGUCAUGGGAGGACAAACUGAAGUACGACAAGCCCCCCCUGCGGCCUCACCUCUACCCGCAGCAGUCUGUGGAUCUGGCCACAGAGGAGGAGAACGCCCUGAUACAGAUGUGCGCCCGGGCGGCCGAAGAGCUCAUCACAAGGAUAUGCGAAGCCGCAAAAACCAACGGGCUUUUGGAGCAGGAGCUGGCUCACGCCGUUAACGCCGCGUCUCACGCCAUCAACAAAAUGCACCCCAAGUUCCCAGAGAGUCUGACGAGGAACACUGCUAUCGAGGUGGCGAGCACCGUCAAGGCGCUCCACAACGAGACCGAGUCUCUUCUGUUGGGACGAGUCUCUCUGCAACUGGACCCGCCUGAGGAGGAGCAGCUGUCCAGUGCUUUGCAGAGCCUGGAUGUUGAACUGGGCAAACUGGGAGAAAUCCCCUGGCUGUACCACAUACUGCAGCCCAACGAUGAGGAGGUUGACUGUGCUUAUGUACCAGGACCCCUCUCUGGGUUACGGCAAGAGGAACAGUCGCAGCAGCGUGUUCCGCAUAGUGCCCAAGUUCAAGAAGGAGAAGGCCGCCAAGAAGACGAGCCCUCAGUCAGUGGAGAGGUGGGGCACAGAGGAGGUGGGCGUCUGGCUGGAACAGCUGAGUCUCGGGGAGUACAGAGACACCUUCAUACGGCACGACAUCCGAGGCUCAGAGCUGCUGCACCUGGAGAGGAGAGACCUGAAGGAUCUGGGGAUAUCGAAAGUGGGUCAUAUGAAGAGAAUCCUCCAGGGAACUAAGGAGCUGGCCAAGGUCUCCAUGGUUGACCUUUAACCUGGGAGCAAUAACUGCCAGAGAGGGGGAAGCCACAUAUUCCCCCCUAACGUGGGAGUUUGGGAGCACCGUAGGCAGAGAGAGAGAGAGAGAGAGAGAGGAGACGGGUAUUCAAGUGGAGCCGGCUUUAACCGCACACCGUGAGCGCCUUCGUGACGGUGCUGAUGGGACCAGGACGUGCGAGUGUGCCCCUGUGUGCGCGUGUGUGUGCGUGUUCUUGCUGCGGUGCCAACAUGACAGUCCAGAAAGCUGAGGAAAGUUCAAAGUGGAAGUCAAGAAUCUUCAUAGCAAAAAAAAAAAAGCCAUUUCAAAGUUAAUAACCACUCAUAGCACACUAUCAGGUAUGCAAGAAUCCAUAUUAAUAACUAGUUGUCUGAUGAACUAGUAGCAUAACUAAGACUUCCAUGAGUUCGGAGUUCACUUUGAGUUGGAGUUGAGCGUUGAGAUGAAUCUUGAGCAUUGAAGCAACCGUCGGGAUUUCUGCCGAAGCAGAAAAACAAACAUCUCCAUCUGCCGUCGGGGCGCGGUCGCAUGCUACACUUGCUAAACUUUUAAGUAUCUUUAACUGCAUGAUUAGUGUCUUGAUUUUUUUGGUGUGCAAGAUAACACUUGAAGAAGUUUUACAUGUCUUAUUAAGUAUUACGAUGCCAUUGUUACUACUGAAACCAAGAUGGUGUGCUUUUUUUUUUUUCCCCUCUCGCUUGAUUUAAUUUAUUUUUGCUAGCAUGACUAUAACGUGUCAAAGGUUUCUGUUAAGUGCCAUACUUUGGGUCAUUUGUUGUAAAACGUGCUUUACGGCGGUCAUCAUAGGAAGAUGAACGACGAGGUAGGAAUCGGUGGAGUUGUUGUCCGUGGAUGUGAAAACAGAACCAAAGUGAAUGUUGGAGGAAAACCUGAUGGUUUUGUUUCGAGGACCACAAGGGGUCUCACUUCCACUCAGACUGGGACUAACAGUUUCCAAGGAGACACUGCUGGUCAGGGACCAGACAAAUAUAUUAUAGUGUUGCUCAGUUUUUUUUUUGUUUUUUUUUUUUGUUUGUGUGUUUUGUUGUUAGGAAUACCUAAAAGGCACUUUUCACAUCUUGCUUUAUGCAAGUGCAAAUCUUCAUAUCAUUACAUUGAUUAAAAACAACAACAAAAAAAUCACCUCAACUUUGUAUCUUUUGGCAGUUUUAACUAAUGCAAGAUAGCAAUUAGGUAACCAGUUUUGAAUAUGUAACGAAGCAGUUGAUCUUCUAUUUCCACGUUGAUAGAAACUUUUUCCUUUUAGUUUCUUUAAGGUCGAUGGCAUUACAGGGUAUAUUUCUAGAAGUGAUGCUAGGUUUGUACAUACUUAUGCACUGUACAUAUGGUAAACAAGUGGAUGCAAACGAUGUUUGUAAGUGUUGUAGCGUUAUGCAUUUUGUAGUUUUGCUGACUUGGCAUGCAUUCGUGAAGAGCUCCCCCUUUUGGACAGAGUGUAAAACACCUUAAACAGUCGUGCAUUGCUGAUUUUGUUCUGCUCUCUUGUACAUGUUAACUUUGUUGUAUUCUAAUGAUGGUGCAAUAUCUGAUCUCUUGUUUUGUUUUUCUCUCUUAAACUUUGCAAAAUGAUCUCUAUCUGUGUGGGGGGGGACAUCUAAAACUUGUGUUUUUAUUUCUGUUUAUGGUUUUUGGUUUCUAUAUUUUGUUAGUCUGGGAGAAUUUUUAAAGUUUGACCCCACAGCUGUUUCUUACAUGCUCCAGACUUCUUCCAGUGGUUGAUUUGUUUGUAGAUUCGCUCCUCUGUGCUUCCAAGAUGAUACUCUAAUAAGACUGUCUGUGAAUGGAUUGACUAGGCAGACGUGACUGUUGUGUUAUCACGUAUUAUAAUGUUUGUUUGUGCAUUUGUCUGCACAGACAUUUAGUAGCCUGACAUGCAAGCAGUUGUAUAAGUUCAGCUGCAAAACAAUCCAUAUUUUUGCCUCCUUUUUUUGGGGGGUGGGGGGUGGCUUUUCCUUAUAAAACGAAUCAAUAUUUUGCAGGUUAUCACACCCUGUUAGAUUUGCACAUUCAAAUGUAUUCGUCCCUUCAUUUCAGGCCUAUAAGAUAUUAUGAAAGAACAGAGGAAGACAGACAAUAAAGCUUGUUUCAUUUCCUCCAAUGCAACCUGACAUUUGAUAACUGAGGCUAGGGAAUAAUCGUUGCUAAUUUUAGCUUUGCAGUAGCUGCGUUUCCAUUACAAAUGUGCGCAAAACUUUGUUGGUAUUUCGCUGAAGUCAAGUCGUAGUUGCGGUGUUUCUUCUAAAUAAGACACACAACUAAAAUCCCACCUGAAUAAGACCGUUCACGUCAUUAAAGAACCAUUCUGCGCCAUCACCCUCCUGCCACCUCCUGUCAUCUUCUUUGUCAUUUCCACCAGUAGUAACGUCUGGUUGUUGAUCACAUGACUCGUGUGAUGCGAAAAAAGCGUUUCCAUUGCGGUUUCAUGAAAUACACUAAUUUCACUGCGGUGGCGUAACCACCUCAUCCUAGCUCAAAAACUUUUCUUUUCGAAAAACUUGAGUUUUUUCAAAAUUGUAGUGUUUCCAUUAAUUGAAUUAAUUUUUUCUAUCCCAGUUUGCGUAACUAUAUGAUCAAUGGAAACAUAGCUAGUGUAGCCCUUUUAGCUGAUAUUACGCUUACAGUGUCUUACAGUGCAAUUCAUACCACUUGGUGCCACAGCCUUCAAUGUACUUCAGUUGUUUCUGAUAAGUGUGGCAUGCAUUACUAUUUUGCCUUCGUGAGUCAAUAUUCAUGGAGGACCACUUUCGGUGACCUAAAGAUUCAAAAUCUUGCAAAUUCUUCUUAUCAAAACAACUCAAAUUCUGUCAAAUUGGAUGGAUGGAGAAAUUUUUUAAGCCUCCAAUUUUUAAAUCUUGGAUUUAGAUGUGGACUUUUGCUAGGCCGUUUUAACACAUGGAUUUAUUGUCACCUUGGAUGUGUCUUCUGACAAAGUCUCACCUCUCAAGUCUUUUGCAGUUAUUUCCCGUCUCGAUCCAUCUUUUCAUCAACUAUGGCUAGUUUCUCUUUCCCUGCUGAUGAAAACAUCGCCAAUCCAUAAUGCUGCCACCACCAUGUUUCACUAUGGGGUUGGUGUUUUCAGGGUUGCGUAUAUCGUUAGUUUUCAACACAUAUAUGCCAAACAGCUAUGAGCAGAGUUUGUUAAAGUUUUUACUCUUAGCUUACUUUUGUGGGAAAUUGGUUGCAUGUUAUUGUAUUUUAGAGGCAUCAGACUUAAAAGGGGUGAGUAAAAAUGCAUGCAAACACUUUCUAAAUUUUUAUUCAUAUAAACAAAAUCUGCUAUAAAACAUAAUCAUUUUAAUUUUCUUUGCACUCUGCAGUUAUGUGCUACUGAGCGUUAGUUCGCCACAUAAAAUCUUAUUAAAAGGCAUUGAAGUUUGUGGCAGAAAUGUAAUUAAUCAUGUAAAAACCUAAACAGUAUGAAUUGUUUUGUAAAGUACUUUCUGCAUUUAAUGUAGGUAGGUGCAAAAAAAAAAAAAACAAACAAAAAAAAAACCGUUCAACUUUUCUGUUUUGAGGGACCGCACGCCCCCAAAAAGUGAUUGAAUGCAUCAUCGUGUGUUUUCUGUAACAUCCCACAAGGGGGCGAUCCAAUACACGUCAACUCUCAAAAGCAGGCAGCUGAAGCUCUCGACAGUUUCUUACAGCGACAAUCAGUUCGGUUGACCGUGGAGCUCCUCACUGAUUUGAACACAAAAUCGAACCAGAUUUAAUCUUUAAAGACAUAAAUAUGUGUAUUAUUUUCUUAUCAUGCUGCCAAAGAUAUUAGUUUUAUGAGAACUGACAUCCCAUUGCAGUGCUAGUCCUUGAUAAGGGAUCACUUAUAGCCUCUCUACGCCGGACGCCAGGCGAGUUCUGAAACACUCCGUCGCUGUUUUGGACCAGAGAGUUCUCCUCUUUAAUAUUUAACAGUGGAAGUCAGUAGCCACUGUCCUCCCAUGCUGGGUUUCCUACUGGUUUGUAAAUAAUGCUGCAAACUGCCUUUUUUUUUUUUUUUUACCAAAACCAACUGAACCCACGCGGAUCUGUAAAAAUCAAAUGAACACGUCGUCUUUUUUUUAUUUUUUAUUUUUUUGCUGUGUGAGUGUGUGUUUUUAAGUGACGGGAGAAAAGAAAAGUGAGUUUCAUUUGUUUACAUAACGUUUACAAUCGCACAGGUUUCCUUUGUAAGACUAUAUAUGUAGCUACAGACAAUAUUUGCAUACUUAUUGCCUAAGGUUUAAUGAUAUAACGUGUAUUGUGUUUUCACAGUUGGAAUAUAAUGUUACAGUUCUCACCUGUAUUACUUAUCUGGAUGAUUUUGGUAAAGUAGUUGAUCAUUUUUAUGACUACUAUAAGUGACUGUUUUCUGUGCCUUUUUAUGGUUAGAAUGCAUGGUUACCUAUUUAUUACAACUUGGAGUCACUGAGAUGUGUAUUUUUGUAUUCGGAAUAAAUAAAUGAUUCAGCCCUUGUUGUACAUUUUAAGGUGCCUUGAAUCAGGCCACCUGUUCAUAUCUCUCUUCUUCAAUAAAACCAAAUACAUAUGCA